AUGAUAUUCAGUGUUGUUACUAAGACUGGAUCAAAAUUAUUUCCCAAACAUGAUUUAACAAAUUCAUUGUUGAAUAAAGAACGUCUAUCAUUCAGUGCAGCUGUUUUGAUGUCCCUCUUUGGACUUGGUUUAUCAGUAUUUAGUACCAAUCAAAUUCUACUCGCCUCAUCAUCUGCACGACCAAUUCUGUCAUCCAAAUCCCCGUGA